ACAGUAACGUGAGUGGUCUCCGACGGUGUGGACGGUACUUUUACGAUAAUGAAGCUGUUUUGGUGCUGUUUUGCAGCAGCGUUAAUUGCUCUUACCAACGCUGCUGUGGACGUAGAGAAAACAGUGCAACAUGUCCAAAGUAUACUCAAAACAAAUGCGUUACUACCGAGACUGACACGAGAAGAAAUAAUUCAAUUACUGAAUGAUAUAAGAGCUGAAGAUGCAAAAAGUAAACCAACUACGAAAGCAAAGUCAACUGCUACGUCAACCACAACCCCCAAAACGUUGACAGUAGCAACAACAACAGCUACAUAUAAAAACAUACAAGACAAUGAAAUCAACACGGCAACACAACCAGGAAAAUUAUUAUCGAGUGCCGCAACAGUUGAUAACGACAUUUUUGCUUCUGCUUCUGGCUUAACUGACGUUGAAUCAACUACGAAAUCAAGUGGUGCCACUUUAACAGUUGUAUUACCAUAUACACCUCGAGAUGGAUCAACAUUACAAGAACUAUACACAAAGCCUCCACGUUUACAAGUUGUAAAAGAGACUACAACUCCAAAACCUAUGAAAAGAACAAAAACAAAAAACCAAAAGACUCAAACACCUAAAAAUAAAGCUAAUACACCAAAUAACUUCGGUUUUGACUUUCCAGUGGAAUUACAAGCAUUUUUAGAUUCCCAUGGACUAAAGGGUAAACCAGGUCAAGAUAACUUUUUAUUACCACUAGAACGAUUUAAGCCACUACCACCACCUAAAAUCGUAGAUGGAACUGUCCAAUUACCAGAAAAUUUACUGCUUACUUAUGACUUAAUCUCACCAUCUGACUUAAAAGCGACAUCAAAUGGCAAUACUCAAAAGUCAACUCAAAUAAAUUACCUAUAUGAGCCUUUACGACCAGAGUUUCCCUUUGAACUAGACACAUCUUCAUCUGAACAAAAACAUUCCGUACUCCCACUUGAUCUGCCUAAACCGAGAAAGCCAAAAGCAGUUGUAACUACAGCGAAGCCUAAUUAUGAACCAAUAGAUUACGAAGCUAUUAAAGUUAUUCCACUUAACAAAGGACCUAAUCCCAUAGAGGAUGAAGUGAUAAUCGGUAUCGAUCAAAGUAAAAGACAGACUAAUGAAACGAGUGAAUCAAAAACUACGACAACUACUUCUACCACUGAAGCUCCUAAAGUAGAAACUGAAACAAAAAAUGUAGAUACUAGUCCACCUGUUCCCGAUUCAGACACGGGUGCGUCCAUCACUGACUUGGAAGACUCAUUUGGUGGAGCAGCACCUGUCGAACCCGGUGACUCAGAGCUUCCACCGCCUAAAAAGAAUGGUUUUUAUUGGAUGCUGGACUGGAAUAGUUUCCUAGAAGUCGGAGAUGGGGACACUAAAGUAAAUAUACGAUUCGAACCUAAACUUGGCGAUCCACAAAUGUUUUUACCUGUUAACGUUCCAUAAAUAGACCAAUAGUGAAAGAUGAUGAGUAGUGUUCUAGUCUGAAGCAAAUUAGUAAAACGUGGCUUAAAUUAGACCAUUCUCUGAUACGCAUAAUUAAAAAAAUAUUGCAUACAUUAAGAUCAAUCAAGAUCACUGUGUAACUGAUGGUUUCAUGAUCUAAUACAAUACGUUAGUGACAUUACUAGUUUGAGUAAAAAAUUGUGUUUAUAGUGAAAUGCAUGACUGGAAUGAAAUCAGUCGGGUCGUGAUUGCUAGACCAAGGCAAGCGAAUGAAAGCAAAAGGAGCGAAAUCGUCGCGUGUAAUGAUACAAUGACUUCUUAUAUUGCCAUUAUAAGCGCAUUGUAAAUAGCUUUUUAAUUUUAUUAUCUUUGUAAUAAAUUAUAGGUGUAUAUUGUUAUAUUGUGGUAUCUUUUUAUUAUCUAAUUAUGAAUAAGAACCUGUUUAACAAAAGAAUUACUAUGAUUAAAUGGACAAAUCUUUA